CCGACAGGACGUCCACGCCCCGCCUCUCUAAAGUUUGAAUAAAGCUGAGAGCGACUCGCCUUUUGACUCAUUCAAACUUUAAGGACGAAACGCCAGCAUCAGAAAACGACAUGUGCGCAGAGGAACUCGAGUGCGGGGUUUGUUACCAGAUCUACAACGCGGGUCGGCGGUGUCCCCGGGAGCUCCAGUGCAAGCACAGCUUCUGCGAGAGCUGCCUCUUGGCCCUGUCCAGGCCCCUGGGACCCGGAGAUGCGCAUCCGGAGGCUGGCAGGUUGAUCGUAUGCCCGCUGUGCCGACACAUCACAUCCAUCUCCGAUCAUGGGAAGAUCCGAGCCGAGCUGAGGGUGGACGAGAGCGCACUGGAGCGGCUGACGGCUGCGGGACUCCUCAACGAGCCCGAGGUGGACGAUCAGGUUCAAGGGGACGAGGAGGAAGCGACAGCUCCCGAGACUCCAGCCGAGGAGAGCGAGUCUUCCGCGGGCACAGGAGGCGGGAGACUCCGGCGGUCUUUGAAGAAAGUUUGGCAGGCGAUAAACGGCAAGGGCCAGCAGAGAAGAGAAGACUGUAUGACCAGUGAAGACCUGAGGGCCCUCGCCAUGAUGUCCUGCCACAUGUUUUGAGCAGCCCCAUAUGGCCCCAGAGUAAUGCAGUAUGAGUGACGAAUCAUCUUAAAAUGGACUUGAUGGCGAUGAUGAUAAAGCCAUGUGGACACUGUGAAUGUUUUGAUUCCUUGUUUGGCCGCUGUGUAGCCAAAUGUGAUGCCAAAGCAGCCUUUUCAGCCCCACUUAUGUACAGAUGCAACUGUUUUGAUAUUUAUUGUUUUUUUUUAUUUGUUUUU